AUGGGGAAGCUGGCAGAAGACAUUCUUUUUCAGUCCAGCAUACCUGUGGCUGCAGACGUCCUAGUGGCUGUGGUUUACUCUGUGUUUGGUGUCUGCUCAUUUUUUGGGAACAGUGUGCUGCUCUAUGUCUCCUAUAAGAAAAAACAUCUGCUCAAACCAGCAGAGUUCUUCAUCAUCAACCUGGCCAUCAGUGACAUGGGCCUGACUCUCUCCCUCUAUCCCAUGGCCAUCUUCUCCAGUAUAUACCACAGGUGGUUGUUUGGUAAAACUGUCUGUUUGCUGUAUGCUUUCUGUGGGGUGUUGUUUGGAAUCUGCAGUCUCACUACUCUAACUUUGUUAAGCAUGGUGUGUUUUGUCAAAGUCUGCUACCCACUCUAUGGCAACAGAUUUAGUCCGUCUCAUGGGCGCCUCCUGGUGGUGUGUGCUUGGGCCUACGCAUUAGUCUUCGCCUGCUCACCGCUGGUCCACUGGGGUGAGUAUGGGCCGGAACCAUACGGCACGGCAUGCUGCAUCGACUGGCGUCUGUCCAACCAGCGUGCCACAGCCCGCUCUUACACGGUGGUGCUGUUCGUGUGCUGUUAUAUGGUGCCCUGUGCCAUCAUCCUGGUCUCCUACACUGGUAUCCUCAUCACUGUCCGCGCCUCCAGGAAGGCCAUGGAGGGUCACAUGACCAACCAGACACGCAUGAGCAAUGUCCAGGGCAUAAUCGUCAAGCUCAGCGUGGCAGUGUGUAUUGGCUUCUUCUCAGCCUGGAGUCCCUAUGCUGUUGUGUCCAUGUGGGCGGCCUUCGGUCACAUCGAGAACAUCCCUCCACUGGCCUUCGCCAUGCCCGCCAUGUUUGCCAAGUCCUCCACCAUCUACAACCCUAUCGUUUACCUGCUGCUGCGUCCCAACUUCCGCAAGGUCAUGUGUCACGACCUGGGCGCCCUUCGCCGUGCUUGCCUGAGGGGCUGCCUGUUCUCCCCCGGCCCCCACCGGCCCUGCCCUGCCAAGCCUGCCCUCAGGGUCGCUUUGUGUUCUCUGACCAGACAACCAGACAAGUCCAGCUCCAACUCCUCCUCGGCCUGUGCUGAAGCGAAAUGCGGCUUUAGUGAAAAGUGCGGCGAUGCGUUUGAGUGUUUCUGCCACUACCCUAGAGCGUGCCACAUGGCUGUGACGGUCAAUGCUGGCUCUUUACAGUGCCCCAUUCCCAUGCCACCCUCUGAGCUCCAGCAACAGCCAAGGCUUAAGUGCAAAAAGUCUAUCAGAGUUAGCGUGAGAGGCAAAAAGACAGCAGAGAUUGACAACCUGGAGAUCAACUUGGAAACAGUACCUGGACACGCAAAAGUAGCUUGGCCAUAA